AUUGGAAAAAUGGAGUACGUUACAAAACGCUUCAUGAGUUUUUAUAGCAAUCCUUCCCCAUUGCCCUUGGCACUCUUCCUGUGGUCUCUCCCUCAGUCCUCCGAUUUCCUCAAUCUGCUCUUUCACAGCCCUAAAAUAUCUCCCAAUUCUCUCUCUCUCUCUCUAAGUAUUCUUACACAACGAAGUCUCUCAAAGAGCUCUCCAGUCUCUUCCUCAUUCGUUGAUUGUCGGAUUUCUUGAAAAAAAUGGGAGCAGGGAGGAAGAAAAAGACACUCAUGUUGAAGGAAGAAUCUCAACCUUCUCUGUCAAUGAAUUGCAGUGCACCUGCUAGGAACCUGAGAAAGAGUGACCUAGGUGCAAUUAUUUUUGGAUGCAAGCAUAACACAAUGAAAGAAUGUUAUUUCAAACAGUUGUUUGGAUUACCAGCUCCGCAUUUUUCUUAUGUGAAGAACAUCAGUCCUGGCUUGACGCUCUUCUUAUUCAACUAUAGUGAUAGAAAGCUUUAUGGUAUCUUCGAAGCUUCAAGCCCAGGACAAAUGAAUAUCAAUCCAUAUGGGUGGACUGCAGAUGAUUUGGAGUACACACCAUAUCCUGCACAGGUUCGAGUCCAAAUCCGGAUGCAGUGCAAACCCUUGCUUGAAGAUCAGUUUGGACCAGUAAUUGCUCACAACUACUAUGAGAAGAGGCUUUUUUGGUUUGAGCUAGACAAGGCUCAAACCAAAAAGUUGAUCUCCUUGUUUUCAUCAUCACCAUCAACAAUUCCUCCGAGUCCCUCUGUCCCACAGAAUACAGCUAGGUGGCCUACUCUAUUCAAUGGUGUACCCACUUCUGAUGCAAGACAGGUCCUUAAUGAUGUUGAGGCCCCACAUUCGCAGGCAGAUUUUGCUCAUUCAAAUCAGUGCAAUGUGCAAUGGGACUCGUGCAAUGGUCAUGUUUCAGAAAGAGAGCACCAGCUUUUGGAAGGUUCUGUUGAGAAGGACCUUGUACAGCCAAACCCAAACUGUGUACGUUCAUACUCUUCCAUUGUAAGCAGUUCAAGUACUUCCCACCCUGAAAAAAAGUGGAGUGCAUUAUUCAAAACUUCAACAACCUCUGAUACAUCGAAGGUAGAUGAAGAUUUUAAGACACGAGCUUCAGAGUUAAACAUUCCACGUUCAGAUCAGUACAAUAUGGAAUGGGAGUCUUCAUGUGAUGCUCCCUGUCUGGAAGGAGAAUUUAAACGCUUUGAAGAUGAGCCAGCUAUGGGAAAUUAUGAGGGGAUACAUGUGGGCUCAAAAUCAGAAUGUGAAUUGCUGUACCCUUCUGCUCUGACAGAAGCAGCAAGUUCCUUUCAACAGAGCACCUCAAGUGGAACUCUAACCAUUGUUGAUACAAGACAAGAAGGUGAAUAUUUUAAGGCUCAAGCUUCAGAUGGUAAUCUUCCACAUUCAGAUGAGUCCAAUAUGGGAUGGGGCUCAUCAUGUGCUACACCUCAUCUGGAUGGCGAAAGUCGCCCUUCAGAAGCUUCUACAGACGAUAAUAUACCAGAAAUUUAUGAGGAAGAACUUUUGCCCCCCAAAACAAAUUGUGAACGAUACUAUUCUGCAGUGACAAAUGAUAAGAGUUCAGAUUAUAAUCAUGGAAAAGGAACUGUUCAUUCUUUUGUGACGGCUGAGGUACAUUCACAAGAUGGAUGUUCUAUAGACAGGGUAGGAGUUGCAGAAAUGAAGUCUUCCAAUAUUCAGUCUGUUGUAGAUAAGUUGGUGCAAGAAAUUGAACGAUUGAAGGUCUCUCAAUUAAAACAAGUUCAGAAAAUCAGUUCUUUGGAGCAGGAGCUGGUUGAAUCCAAAAUAGGAAUCCAACAUUUGAAAAACAGAUGCCAUGUGUUGGAAUCUGGGUCGCUUUCUUCAAUCGGGCAUGUUCAGGAUGCAGUGAUAGAGACAUGCAAUGAGCCUCCUCCUAAGAUUGAUGAUUCAAUACUUAUAGUGGGAGGAUUUGAUGGUUCUUCAUGGUUGUCAGCUUUGGGUUCCUAUUCUCCUUCUAGGGACACAAUGAAAUCUCUUAAGUCAAUGACCUUUGUACGUUCAUAUGCAUCUGCAGCAACUUUGAAUGGUGAACUUUACAUAUUUGGUGGUGGAGAUGGUGACAUAUGGCAUGACACAGUUGAAUCGUACAACGCAAUAAGUGAUCAAUGGGUGAGUUGUCCUUCAUUAAAUCAGAGGAAGGGAAGUCUAGCGGGAGCUUCCUUAGACGGCAAAAUAUUUGCAGUUGGUGGUGGAAAUGGAGUUGAAUGUUACUCUGAGGUGGAAAUGUUAGACAUGAACAUUGGGAGGUGGAUCACUUCUCAGUCAAUGAAACAGAAGCGAUUUGCUCCAGCUGCAGCAGCAAUUAAUGGCAUACUCUAUGUUGUUGGUGGAUACGAUGGAAGAAAUUACUUAAAUUCCAUUGAAAGGUUUGAUCCUCGAGAACACUCAUGGAGGAGGAUAGGAAGUAUGAACACAAGGAGGGGAUGCCAUUCUUUGACCAUGUUGAAUGAAAAAUUAUAUGCUUUGGGUGGUUUCAAUGGUUCUAAUAUGGUCUCAACUAUUGAGAUAUUUGAUCCCCGUCUUGGUUCAUGGAUGAUGGGUGAACCCAUGAAUGAUCCUAGGGGAUAUUCUGGAGCUGUCGUUAUUGGAGAGAAAAUCUAUGUCAUCGGUGGGGUGAUGGAUGGUAGUGAGAUAUUGAGCACGAUUGAAUGUUAUAAAGAGGGUUGUGGUUGGGAGCUGACCAACAUGAAAGCUGUCGGGAAAAGAUGUUUCUUCUCUGCAGUUGUCUUGUGAGUAAUGUUCACGAAUGGAAUAUUUCAUGAUGACGCAUUUUAGUCAUACACUAUAAAAAAGAGAAACUUGUGGGAUUCGAGGUCUAUGUAAAUGCUGUUAGGUCUCCUACAUACUGAAAACAAUGUUAUGUAUUUAGUCUUGUUAUGUCCUUAGAAACUUGAGGUGCGGUUAAACUUAAAAACUUGAGGUGCAGUUGCCAUAGUCCUAACCUUGCUUAUAGAAUUAUAUAUAUGUAUAUAAAAUACUUUGCAGAGUCUACUACUACUAGGAAUGGAUAUUAUCACUAUUAUA